GCGGCGGCGACGGUGGCGGCGGGCUGGGCGGCGGCGGGGAGGGCGGAGGCGGACUUGGAGGCGGAGGGCUCGGAGGCGGCGGCGAGGGCGGCGGCGGCGAGGGUGGUGGUGGUGAUGGCGGCGGAGGGCUGGGCGGCGGCGGCGAGGGAGGAGGCGGACUUGGCGGUGGCGGCGACGGAGGGGGUGGUGAGGGCGGCGGAGGAGAAGGCGGAGGCGGGCUUGGCGGCGGCGGCGAGGGCGGGGGAGGCGAGGGCGAGGCGGAGGGAGGCGGUGGCGAGGGCGAGGCGGACGGCGGUGGCGGCGACGGCGAUGUCGAGGGAGGUGGCGGCGACGGUGAGGCGGAGGGAGGCGGCGGCGAGGGCGACGCUGACGGCGGCGGCGGCGAGGGCGAGGUGGAGGGAGGCGGCGGCGAGGGCGACCCGGAGGGAGGCGGUGGUGAGGGUGAGGUGGACGGCGGCGGCGGAGACGGUGAGGCGGAGGGAGGCGGCGGCCAGGGCGAGGCGUACGGCGGCGGCGGCGACGGCGAUGCCGAGCGAGGCGGCGGCGAGGGCGACACGGACGGAGGCGGCGGCGAUGGCGAGGUGGAGGGAGGCGGUGGCGAGGGCGACGCGGACGGCGGUGGCGGCGGCGGCGAUGCUGAGGGCGGCGGGGGCGACGGCGAUGCCGAGGGAGGCGGCGGCGAGGGCGAGGCGGACGGCGGUGGCGGCGACGGCGAUGCCGAGGGAGGCGGUGGCGACGGCGAGGCGGACGGAGGUGGCGGCGACGGUGAGGCGGAGGGAGGCGGCGGCGAGGGCGAGGCGGAGGGAGGCGGCGGCGAUGGUGAGGCGGAAGGAUGCGGCGGCGAGGGCGAGGCGGACGGCGGUGGCGGCGAGGGCGAGGCGGAGGGAGGCGGCGGCGAGGGCGAGGCGGAGGGAGGCGGCGGAGAUGGUGAGGCGGAGGGAGGCGGCGGAGAUGGUGAGGCGUAG